CCCGCCCACUCAUUCUGACAGAGAGGAAGUGCUGCGUGUGUGUCAGAACCUACGCUGCACUAAUAGUUUCUAUUAGCAAAAGUUUUGCUACUGAGAGUGCGGUGUGUGGAUGUCAGAUACAUGCAGGACUGUUCGGUCCGCGUCUGUACAGAGCAGGUUAAUAGACCCACAAUGCGUGUAAGACAUGACCAACAAGGCCCCCUGGGAUAACGCAAGCAGUCUGUGCAGCAUGGAGCCAACAGCCGGCUGCUCCCCCACAGUUCCAGAGCCAGAACUGUACCGCAGCAUCCAGGCUGUGCUGCCCAAAGAAACGGACCACAAAGUGGCUCCAGACUGUCUCAACAAAGGCAUGCUGAGAUGGACGCUUCAUAAAAAGGUUCAAAACAAUCCUGCCAACAGCUUAUCUCUGGUGUGGGUGCUGAUAAAGGAGCUGGAGAAGGCUGAGAGAUGGGACUCUCGCAAAUACAUCAUCCCUCUGCUCCACACACUCAUGUACGCCAUCAUUCAGACAGCCUACAUUCCUGAUGAACUGUACAAGCGGGUUUAUGACUUUUGCAAGAGACUCCUGACUUUCCCUCAUCCGUACUGCACUGUAGGCCUCAGCUACACCAGACAGAUCAAAACUGAACGCUUCAUUCCAGGUCUGAUGUACCAGAGGAUGGUCAUAGCUGAGCAGAAACUAAGAAAUGAGCACUAUCCCUUUCAGGAGAGGGUAUUUGUCCUGGCUGACCCAGAGGUCUUUACUGAUCCCUUGGCACAAGUCCUGUUGGGUGAUAUUGAGGCGUCUGCUUCAGCUUCAGGUGGAUUUCUAAGUCCUUUAGAUCACAUGCGGACUGUGGUCCAACACUCCAUACAGGCUGGUUUAGGAGCAGAGCAGUGCCACGGGAUGAAGCUGGCUCAGGCCCUGAAGGACAUGGGUCAUGAUGUUGAGCCGUACUUUCAGGAAGUGCUGGCGACUCUAGAGCAGAGCGUGGAGGAUGGCGGCAGGGGGGACGGUGGAACGUUGCGGAGCCGUCUUCAGCAGCUGUACAGUGAGAUUGUCACUGACACAGAUUCAGAGCCAUUGUCAAAAGGACCCCUGUAUGACUGCCCUCUCCCCAACCCAGAGAUGAGCUUCCACUUGUGGACAGAGGAUCUGGAUAUCUGGCGAGAGCUGGCCAAGUGGUUUCGAUCCAGCUCCAUGUCGGAUCAGUUCUCCCUCAGCCCGGAGCAGGAGGACUUUGAGCUGGAUGAGUCACCUGACCUGAUGCCAUCUGACAAGACUCGCUUCUCAGUCAUGUCCAACGACAGCGGCAUUGAAAGAGACCUGCCCCCCACCGCUGAUCAAUCCCCGGUGUCAACUCUGGAUGCUGCCAGCCUGAGUGCAUCAUGGGAACAGUGCAAAAGUGAACAAGAGUCGUCAAAGCUGUCACGGCGUGGAGGCAUCAAGAUGAAACCAUCUGUGAAGGACAGUAUGGCGCUGAUGCAGGACACCCUGGAAGACCAUGCAAGCCUCGGAGGAGGAGGAAGUGGAGGGAGGGGAGGAAGAAGAGGGGCGACUCUGCAGAGGCGGGCAGGAAGCAGUGCAAUGCAGAGCCCCUUCCCCAAGCAGCAGAGACACUUGACUGCCAGAAUAGUCGUCAUGGGGGAUGACAGGGUGCUGGGCCGCCUGGCCAAAGCCUACUACUUCUUCAGGAAAAGGGAAGCGCGAAGGCUUUUUCUUACAAUGAAAGUCAACCUCCAGUUUUACUACAUCCCUGUUUGCAGGGCUCCUACUCCUAUCUCUCCUGUCAGGGAAAGUGUCCAUCUAUCCAAGGGAAAACCCUGCACUCUUGGUUCCUACUUGAGUAUGGUGGAUCCGUGGUACAACUGUAACAUCAAGAGUUUAGGCUGCAUGAUCCCCAAACUGGCUAAGAUGCAACAGAUGAACCCAGGGACACCAAAAGACCCCUUCGUGUCUGAUGUCAUAUCCUACUAUGUCCGUACUGGCCAGCAGCCUGUUUACUUCACCAUCUACUUUGUGAAGAUCACAUUCACCAGCAUGACAAAGGAUCCUGUGGAAGAAGUGUUCCUCACCCAUUUGGAGAUGGAGUUUCCUGAGUUCAAACAAAUCUCAGCAUCAGUGAGAGAAAAACAAAAACAGAAGAGCUCGGGGGAGGCAUGCGGAGCUGUUGUUUCCAUGAAUUACAAAAAGGUGACAUUAAGUGGCCGAGAUGUUGACAAAGGAAUCUCAGUCAGGAUGUCAGGCGCUCAGAUCAGUGCUAUUCCCUCCAAUGAAACAGAAGAUCUGAACUGUCUGACACUGACGUUGAAUGAAUCUCCAACAAAAAGUAAAAAUAACACUGUGGAAUCAAAGAUUCGGACCAGCAACAUUAAGAUUCGCUCCUUGGAGAGUCGAUCGUUCACUGUUACACUGGACAGAGACUGUCGCAGGAUCUACAGAGAUGUGCAGAGCAUCGAGAUCUUCCCGUGUCUUGACCCUGGAUACUGCGUCCAGAAAACCAUGAGGUCCAAACUCAACUUGGGUGAGGACAAAGAUGCUGGACUAACCAAAUACAUGAGCAAAGGACUUCCUCUACCAAUCAACACAUUUGCUGGAAUCAUCAACUGACCUCUGCUUAAUGUGAUGGAGUUGCUCUACAGAGAAACUUAAGAAUUACAAGAACCAUCCACGCUGUGUUUUGAUAGUGGGAAUGGUUGUUGCUUCUGUGAUAACAGAAGUCUAGUUUGACACAUGAACAGGCAAAAGGAAUCACCUUUUAGUCAUACUCUGCUGCUCCUGGAACCAAAAAAGUUUCAGUUCUGUCAGUCCGGACUGACUGGCACAUCUGGAAAGACUAUAAAUCGACUUAAGGCCCAAUGCAAAGCAUGCAGGACUAAUAUCGAAUUUUGCAGUUGAUAGAACAACCAGUCUACUUUUACAGUAACAGGAACAACAUUUAUUACACAUUAAGCUAUAAUUGAACUCCUAACAGUGUUUCAUAAUUCAUGAGUAAUUUACUGUGUAUACUUUGUGACAUUCAUUAAAUAUAUGCAGAUUGGAAUCAUGCCAGAGAACAACACAGCCAACAUUGACACUGGAGAGACCAGCAUAGAAAAAACAAAUAAGCAAAGGUGUAUACCUGUAUACAUAAAGGAUUUCAAUCCUUUAACUACUGAUAAUUGGAUUGUAAAUGUGACAAUAUUGUUAGAACUCAGCAGUCGAUCUGGAAAAUCUGCGUCACAAAGUUGCAACUUACUGAAGCAGAUUUUGAAGGGUUGAUUGUAAUAGUAGCUUUAUUUCAUAGACACACUACCUUUUACUGCCUUCUUGGCACAACCACACAUACCUACACACAAGAAUAUGGACUCACCUGUUCACAGAAUCAGUCUGUCAGCUAUUGAAACAUGCAGAUUGUUGAAAGACUGGUACGAUGACAGCUGACAGACCACCGUUGUUGCCUUUGUUUUAGCUGAAUCAUUCAAAUAACAAAUAACUAAAGAAACUGCAGUGUUUAUCAUUCUCUUGUUAUUCUUGUACCUGGUUACAUAACGUAAGCUGUUAAUGAAGAUGCGAAUGAUUGACAUUAGCCUUGGGUUUAGUGUUCUAUAAACGGAAGCGUUCUAUAAAUUUGCUAGAACUACACUAUGUGCAGCGCAGAAGCUAGAGCCACGUGCACUGACAGGAAUUACUACAGAACGGACACAACUACUGCGUGUUACUGUGUACUGUCUCACAUAGACCCCUGCUUUAUGCACACACACAAUUAUUAGCCUGCUAGACUGCUGGCUUUGUCUUUAAAGCCACUGUCUAUGCUUGAAAAUACACAAAGGGCUAAACGUGGGGACAAGUGAAAGUGAAACUUGCAUACAUGCCAGUAAAUGUCUCAAAUGUAACCUAUUAGCCUUGUGGUGUGAAAAUCACCCCAACCCCCGUCCUCUUGUUCUGGUGUGCUAGCAGAUGCAUAAGUGUGCGAAACUGCAUCAAUUUGCACAGAAACUGCAGUGUUGAUCAUUUCUUUAUGGGAGAAGCGCAGCAGUCCAGCAGCUGUGUGUAAAGCAUGUAAUACGCCUUAUGACUACAUGUGUAAAUAUGACAUGUCACAAUUAUGGAAACAUUCCCAUAACAUACUGUCAUCAUUAGAUAUCCUCUAUAGAUAUUCUCUUUAUAUAGUUAUAGUGGGCCGUUCAAGAUCUGACGCAGCUGUUGGUGCAGUUGUUAUUCAUGAAAAAGAUCAAUGCAGCACGUUUUUUCUUUUUUUUUUUUUAAAUCUAUCCUUCACAGCCACUGAAUUAUCAUCUCCACAGUUAUGAUCUCAGACAGUAAAGGGCAACAGCCUCAGGAACUGAAAGUGAUGUGUUUAUUUGGUGCACAACAUAAAAUCAUGUGAGUGUGUGUGUGCGUCUGUGUGUCUGCUAGCCUGGCAGGGUGAAAUCAUGAGUUUGAAAUUCAUGAUCUAUUUUGCACAUCGUUUCCAUGUAAUUGCAUAUACAAAGAGGAUGUCGUUACACAUCCAAAUUUAAUUGUGUAAAUAAAU